CCGAACCUUUCUGUGUAUUUAUCCGUGCACUCGCUGCAAGUCGGAGCCAGAACGUUCCUGGUCCAGAUGAUCCGGUCUGCAGGAACACCUGUCUCACCUGCCUGUCUGUCUGCCUGUCCGGACGGGUUCUGGGUUCUGAUUGGUCGGAGUGUCUUAGCGCCCCCUCUCGUUCAGUGAUGAUGACUGACUGGAUCUAUCCUGCAGAAUCUCUGACCCGGUCCACAGCGCGGGCUGAUCCAGAACCAGCCCGGUUCCGGCCAAUCUCACCGGAUCAAAUGGUUGGACCAACACGGUCCAGUUGGGCCCGGUCUAAACACACAAAUAAGCUGCAGCUGUCUGAGAAGAAAAGAACUGGACCUAAACAGCACCGAACCCAGAACCAGAACCCUUCCUGUGUUUGGUGUUGAUUUGUCCAGAUGCAAUUGGGCCCAGCAGGUCCAUGUUGGACUGCAGGUGGUGACCCGGUUCUGGGGAAGUUCUGCAGACAGAGGGUAGAGGAGCUGCAGGUUCUGUUCUUGUGACCUGGUUCCUGGCCAGGUUCUGGUUCUGGAGUCCAGAUGUGUGACACACAGCAGAAGAGAGAGCAGCUGGUUCAUGAGGAUGAUGAUGAGCUCCUCGUCCACAGAGAAGAUGAAGAAGAAGGCUCCUAAAGACAGUCUGACUCUCCUGCCAUGUUUCUACUUUGUCGAGCUGCCCAUCGUGGCUUCUUCUAUGGUGUCGCUGUACUUCCUGGAGCUGACGGACGCGGUGCAGCCGGCCCAGGCGGGGUUCCGCUGCGGCGACCGGGCCCUCAGCAUGCCGUACGUAGACGGAGGAGACGAGCUGAUCCCGCUGCUGAUGCUGCUGAGCCUCGCCUUCGCCGGCCCGGCCGCCUCGAUCAUGCUGGUGGAGGCGGCGGUUUACGGCCUGCGGCCUCGCCUGAAGAUCCACCGGGCCGAAGGAAGCAUCAACGCCGGCGGCUGCAGCUUCAACUCCUUCCUGAGGAGAACUGUCCGCUUCGUAGGUGUGCAUGUGUUCGGGCUCUGUGCGACGGCGCUGCUCACUGACAUCAUCCAGCUGGCGACGGGUUACCACGCCCCGUUCUUCCUCACCGUCUGUAAGCCCAACUACACGCUGGCCGGCGGGUCAUGUGACCAGAACGCUUACAUCACCAGAGACAUCUGCUCCGGUCACGACCAGCAUGCCAUCAUGGCGGCCAGGAGGACGUUUCCUUCCCAGCAUGCAACGCUGUCUGCCUUCGCCGCCGUUUACGUCUCGAUGUACUUUAACUCCACCAUCUCCGACUCCACCAAGCUGCUGAAGCCGGUCCUGGUCUUUGCAUUCGCCAUGGCGGCGGCGCUGACGGGCCUCACUCAGAUCACGCAGCAUCGCAGCCAUCCCGUCGACGUCUACGUGGGCUUCCUGAUCGGCGCCUUCAUCGCUGCGUACCUGGCGCUUCACGCCGUCGCCAACUUCAGGUCUUCUGAUGACUGCGCUCAGGCUCCGUCUCCUCCGCUGCCUGUGGAGGACCCGCUGCGGGCGCUGGCGGAGCGCGGACACGAUUCGGUGUACAACAAGGGUCCCGCCUCGGCCUCGGAGAGCAACGACGAGAUCGCGGCGGCGCCCGCGCCCCUGGAGGGCAUGGAGGCCCUGGGGCCGCUGCAGAGGGAGCAGGGCUCUGUGGAGGGCCUGAAGAGGGCCAGCGUGGACGUGGAGCUGCUGAUCCCUCGGAGCCCCAUGGGGAAGGAGACCAUGCUGACCUUCAGCAACACCCUGCCCAGAACAAGUGUGAACAUCAACGGCCCUGCGGGUGCCGGCGUGGCGCCAGGAGCCCCGGCCGCGGCGGUGCAGCGGCGGCUGAAGGCGGUGCAGGUCCCGGUGGACCCCAUGAGAUCCCAGCAGCUGGUCUCAGAGUGGAAGCAGAAGUCCAUGGAGAUGCGUGGCCCUUGUGAGGACGGGGACCGCGAGACCAGCGAGGACGGCUCCGAGGCGAGCUCUAUGGGGACGGAUGAUGCCGGUUCUCAGGCGCCUAUCUACCAAGCUUCGGUGCGCUGCAUGAGGGUGGCCUCGGGUCGCAACCCCACUCCUCCUCCGGGCGGUGCCAAAGCUGUGGCAACACCCAGACCGCCUCAGCUCCCUGAAGCCGGACCCCCACCAGUGUCCCCAAAGAGCGCCUUGACCAGGGCCAAGUGGCUCGCCAUCCGUGAGAAGACGAGCGGAGAGGCCGCUGGUCUCUCCGCUGCCGGCCAGCCGCGCCUCAUGCAGGUCAUCGCCUUGUCCAAGCAGCAGGGUCUGCUUCCCUCCUCCUCCUCUGAGAGCGCCUCCUCCAACACCGAUUCCUGUCGCCAGCGAGACGGGCCGGGCAUCGUCACCGUGGACGCCCACGGCGCCUACCGUCCUGUUGUGCAAACUCCGCCCCCUCCACUCGCCCCGGCCGGGAACGGAAACCCUUGGGAUUGGGCCGCGGCGUCCAAUGGAGACGACCCACGAGAAUCCUACGGCCUCAACAGGCUGACCGGGUCGGACCCGACGGCCCGCGCCAGCAGCUUCUGCCCGCGCCGUUCCGCCUCACCUGCCGCCGACCCCGCCCACCUAGCGGAGAUGGUGGCGGACGCUCAGCCUAAGGAAAUGGCCAUGAGACGCAAAACGGUGCUAGUUCUGCUGGAUCGAGAAAUCCGCAACCAGACUGAACAGGAAAACUACUACAAGAGUUUACAGGGAGCCAAACCCUAACCCUGAGACAUCAGGACCAGACCUGGACGGGACAGAGACACCUGGACAGAGACACCUGGAGGGGACAGAGACACCUGGACGGGACAGAGACACCUGGACAGAGACACCUGAACAUGACAGAGAUACCUGGACGGGACAGAGACACCUGGACAGAGACACCUGGAGGGGACAGAGACACCUGGACAGAGACACCUGAACGGGACAGAGACACCUGAACGGGACAGAGACACCCGGAGGGGACAGAUACACCUGGACGGGACAGAGACACCUGGAGGGGACAGAGACACCUGAACGGGACAGAGACACCUGAACGGGACAGAGACACCUGUACGGGACAGAGACACCUGAACGGGACAGAGACACCUGUAGGGGACAGAUACACCUGGAUGGGACAGAGUCACCUGGACGGGACAGAGUCACCUGGAUGGGACAGAGUCACCUGGACGGGACAGAGACACCUGGAGGGGACAGAGACACCUGGAGGGGACAGAGACACCUGGAUGGGACAGAGACGCCUGGAGGGGACAGAGAAACCUGAACAUGACAGAGACACCUGAACGGGACAGAGACACCUGGAGGGGACAGAGACACCUGGAGGGGACAGAUACACCUGGAUGGGACAGAGACACCUGAACGGGACAGAGACACCUGAACGGGACAGAGUCACCUGGAGGGGACAGACACCUGUAGGGGACAGAUACACCUGAAUGGGACAGAGACACCUGAACGGGACAGAGACACCUGAACGGGACAGAGUCACCUGGAGGGGACAGAGACACCUGUAGGGGACAGACACCUGGAUGGGACAGAGACACCUGGAUGGGACAGAGUCACCUGGACAGGACAGAGACACCUGGAGGGGACAGAGACACCUGGAGGGGACAGAGACACCUGGAGGGGACAGAGACACCUGGGUUUUGGCCAUGUUAACAGCACUAAAGCUAACAGGUUUAUAAUUUGACAGAAAAUCUUUUAGCUGAUAAAAACAUAUUUGUCCAAUAAUGAGACAUGAAGGAGUCAUGCAGACAUGAGCUGCUCCUGAUUGGCCGCUUGGUUCUGACUGAAACUGACGUUAGCAUGUGUUGCUACGUUAGCAGCUCGACUGAGCAUCGUUUGUUUUGCCAGCAGGUGAAAAAAUGAUGAAUGUUGGCAGCAAAAUGUUUCAAUGUUAUCGACUCAGAAACGCCUUUGCGAUAUUGGAGACCAACAUACUGGAACCAAAUGCAGCUGAACUUCAGGGUCAGCGGGGUCACGAUACCAGCAGCAGCUUUGUUUUUCUCUGCUAACAGGAAGUGAUGUCAGCGAGGGAUCUGUUAGCUUUAUUGCAGUUAAAGUUAUUGGCCUGGUGGCCUUGGUGACGGUACAACAUCUGGACACAGUAUUGGACUUUUCACACAUAGAAACGUCCAUCAACAGCGUCUGAGGUCAAAGGUCACAUCCAGAAAUCUAAAUGAUUUCCUCUGGAAGUGGAGCAAACCAGAACCAGAACUCUGGAUCCAAAUGAUGAGUAGCUUAAAGCUGCAGUUUGUAACUUUAAUAAAAUGUUUGUUUUUUUCUGUUUUUGUUCAAACUGUCAUCAGAUAAUCUCGGCCUGUUCCCAGUGUUCCCAGUGUUCCCAGUGUUCCCAGUGUUCCCAGUGCUAACUACAGAAUACACUACUCAGUUAGAAACUAUCAAUCACAGCCAGGAGGUGGGUAGUACGGCUGUCAAUCACUCGAGUGUAUGCACUGCCAUCAAUGCAGCUAGCAUAGCCACCAUGAUAACAUUCAUUUAGGUUCAAGGCAGGGUAUGAGCAGCAUGUUCGUGACCAUGAUUGGCAACGCUACGACCCUCUCUCUGGCUCUCAUUGGUAGUUUGAGCGGUCGUGGUGCAUUUCUGCAGAUGGCAGUGGGACCACAGGUGACCCCUCACCUGCCUGGAUGGGCCUGUUGCCAUGGCGACUGAUGCAGAGGAGAAAUGUUCCUUUAACUUCACACAUAAACUCAAACACAUUCAUGACAUCAUAAUGUCACCACGGCAACGACUUUGUUGCCAGGGCAACGGCUCGGUCGCUACGGUAACGUCUGGUUGUGGUAAUGCGCUCGGUGCCGGAUGUCGAUCGGCUCGGCCUGAGUCACGUGACUGUGGUUCUCUAGUGAUUUAUUGUGAAGCUGCUUUUCGCGGCGGGGCUCAGCCCGUCCACCUGUCCGUCUUCACCUCCCUGGGGACAGGUGGACAAGGCGUCCCUGCUGCUGCAUGUGAUCUCAUCCUGUUUCCAUCUGUAACGCCGUGUGAGGAUGAUGAUGAUGCUGCUGCAUGAAGAGUCACAAUAAAGACGUUCUUCCAGCCUGA